AUGCAGGCAUUCUUACCUGCAACAGCAGCUCCCUCCUGUUCACUGAGUGGCAUGGCGCACCCUAGCAUUCUCCCUUGUUUGGAUGAGGAAUACACUAGUGAUCUGUGUCAAUGGGAAGCAUGGGGAGAGAAGGAAUAUGGGCUGACCCAGAGGGAUGGAGACAUAUGGAAGAAGAGGGGGAUGUGCUUCUGUAACUUCAGUUGUUAUUCAGAGGAAAAGGAUAGAGGUGUGGAUGCCCUCAAGAACUCUCAGCCAGUGAAUGGUUCCUGGAAGGAUCAAUAUCGGGUCGAAGUCAAGAGCGAGGAAGGACACCUCGUGGCUUGUCUGAAUGGAGUCCAGCCCAGCCCAGCCCAGCCCAGCCCAGCUCAGCCCAGGCUCUUGUGCAGGAGCAAAAAGAUUGCCGUGACUUAUUUGACUUCCGUUUUCCGAGCGGGUCGAAGUCGAGAGCGAGGAAGGACACCUCGUGGCUUGUCUGAAUGGAGUCCAGCCCAGCCCAAUCUAGUCCAGUCCAGCCCAGUCCAAUCUAGUCCAGCCCAGCCCAGCCCAGCCCGGCCCGGCCCAGCUCAGCCAGCUGGGACGUUUCUCGAAUCUUGUGCAGGUUCGACUUUGAAAAAUCCGUAG